AUGUUUCUAAAACACAUCGACCUCACGACUGCACUAAGGCCAUUUUACUUACCAGAUGAGGUGUUGCUCUUUGUACAGGACAAUGUGGGCCUCUACGAAGGAAAGUUCAAGUUACCCAAUUACCAAAAUGGACAGGUAUACUUGACAACACACCGCAUCUGCUACGUUGAUAAGGAAGAUCCGCGCUCCUACUCAGUGGCUCUCGAGUUGAAAGAAGUAGAUCGAUAUGAGUUCUACGCAGGGUUCUUCAAGUCUUCAGCCAAGAUCACAUUGAUCCCAAAACCCCCCAAGCGCUCAUCCGUUCUACCCUCUGCGGUCUCCGGGGCCAGCCACCAGCGGAACGGAUCGUCUCUCACACGCUCAGACAGCCCCAGGUCAAAUCCUGAGCAGUCGCUAGCGACCUCUGCUACUUGGGUUUGCACGAUAUGCAGCUUCUCCAACCCAGUGCCGUCCAACUUUGACCCUGUCACUGCAAAUGCCCAUACCCCGCUGCCACCAUGUCUGGCCUGCGGUAUCAAGCCCACCUUGGCACAUGUUCUAAAGGCUGCGAUAUCUGGAGCGAACAACCGGGCAAUGAAUACGCCUUCGUUCGCCGGCUCCCACCCCUCCUUGGAUCAAUCUGGGGUGGUACCGCGACCUCUCUCGGAAAAUCUGAGUCUCGAUCUGGCAUCCAGUCCACAGACUUCUCAGAACGAUGAAGAGAGCACAUUCCAAUGCCCCAGAUGCACAUUUUCAAAUCAUCCCUCACUCUUGUCCUGUGAGAUCUGUGGCGCCCCCCUAAUUUCGCGCAAACAAUCCCCGCCAGAUGCCAGGUCGAGUCUGAAUGACAUCCGCAGCGAGUCCCCAGGCCCAGUCAUCGAGAACCCAAAGAAAACCGAACAAGGAAACAUAAAUGUUUCAGAGAGUGUGAAGAUAUCGUUUCGGAAGGGGGGAGAGAAGAUCUUCUAUGAGCGCUUAAAGGGAUCAAUGACACAACGCAAAUGGCUCCUGCAAGACGCACCCCCAGCACCAACAAGAAGCCGGCUAGCCGACGAGGAUCCUUCCAAUUCCAGCCCCGGACAAUCUAGGAAGAAGGCCGCCGGUAUUGCUGGACUCGAGCAGCUGGGCCUGAAUAUGCGAAAGAACAACGAACUCAUCAUCGGUAGUGCCUUUGAGGAUCUCGAGGCACUGAUGGCUUCCGCCAAGGACGUUGUGGCGUUGGCGGAGAGGCUGUCGCGGCAGAACAGCUCAGGAGCUGAUGCCAUGUCUGCUGAGGAGAACAAACUACUGGCCGAAUCAGCCAGCCAGCUGGGCCUUAUAACAACAAAAGAUAUCGUCGGGGGUGGCGGAAGCUCUCAGUCGCUGUACCUCUCGGAAUUGUCCCGCAAUGUAGCCGAAUUCCUUACCGAUGACUCCAGGGGGGUCUUGAAGCAGGCGGGAGGCAUCAUAACUCUCGUUGACUUGUGGGCCAAAUUCAACCGAGCCAGAGGCGGAGUGGAGCUGGUCAGUCCUAUGGAUUUCGAGAAAGCCGCUCGGAUGUGGGAAGAACUGAAACUCCCAGUGCGUUUGAGGACCUUUCGAAGCGGUGUGAUGGUCGUUCAAGGCCUCGACCGCACUGACCAAGCAACCAUCAAGGCUCUGCUGGCCUGGCUCAAAGACCUACACGAGUUUCCACCCGAGAAAGAAGUACCCUGGGACUGGCAACAGUUCGGCAUGGGAGUUACCGCGCAAGAGACGGCGGAUAGAUUUGGCUGGAGUCUGGGCGUGGCUGAAGAGGAGCUGCUCAUGGCAGAGGAGCACGGGGCCGUAUGCCGAGAAGAGGGCCUCGAGGGACUCAAGUUCUGGGUGAACUAUAUUGAUAUGGGCGAUGUGAAACCUCCCAAAUCGCAAGCCCAACGAGAUCAAGAGGCUAUUGUCAAGGCCUUGAAGAAGUCUGGAAUGAUAUGA